GUACGUUAUCUGGUUUUAAAAGCCUCUCUCUUUGCUCUCUUCGUGUUCUCUCUUCCCACUUCGCCGACGAGAUAAAAAGUUCAAGACAGAAUCAUCUCUUAGAUUCUCCUUUUCAAUAUAAUCUUAUGAAGAAGGGAUAGUGUUGAGAUGGGAACAAGGAGUGAUGUGUGGAGUUUCAGGAGAUGAAGGAGAGGCAACGUUGGAGUGGUGAAGAAGACGCAUUGUUACGCGCCUACGUUAGACAGUUCGGUCCUAAAGAAUGGCAUCUUGUCUCCGACCGUAUGAACAAACCUCUCAACCGUGACGCCAAGUCUUGUCUCGAGCGUUGGAAGAACUACCUCAAACCAGGGAUCAAGAAAGGGUCUUUAACCGAGGAAGAGCAGAGGCUUGUGAUCCGUUUGCAGGAGAAACACGGCAACAAGUGGAAGAAGAUCGCCGCUGAGGUUCCCGGGAGGACGGCGAAGCGGUUAGGGAAGUGGUGGGAAGUGUUCAAGGAGAAGCAACAGAGAGAAGAGAAAGAGAGUAGCAAGAGAGUUGAGCCUAUUGACGAGAGUAAGUACGAUAGGAUUCUCGAGAGUUUCGCUGAGAAGCUUGUGAAAGAGCGUUGCUCUGUUUCGUCCCCUGCUAUGGCUAGUUCUAAUGGUCCUCCUUCUAGUCAUGUGAUCCCUCCUUGGUUAGCUACUCCUAACAAUGGGAACAAUGUUGCUGUGAGACCUCCUUCGGUGACUCUCACUUUAUCACCUUCCACUGUGGCUGCAGCUUCACCUCAACCGCCUAUACCGUGGCUGCAGCAGCAGCCUGAGAGAGGAGAGACUCAUGUGUUAGGGAGUAUGAUACCGUCUUGUAGUAAUGAGAGUGUGUUCAUGUCAGAGCUUAUGGAGUGUUGUAGAGAGUUGGAGGAAGGACAUAGAGUUUGGGCGGAGCAUAAGAAGGAGGCGGCUUGGAGGCUAAGGAGGCUGGAGUUGCAGUUAGAGUCAGAGAAGGCGAAUAGACAAAGGGAGAAGAUGGAGGAGAUUGAGGCAAAGAUGAAGGCUCUGAGAGAAGAGCAGAAGAUGGCAAUGGAGAAGAUUGAAGGAGAGUAUAGAGAACAGCUUGUCUGUUUGAGGAGAGACGCUGAGGCCAAGGACCAGAAACUGGCUGAUCAAUGGACCUCUAAGCAUAUUAGGCUCACCAAGUUUCUUGAACAGAACAUGGGUUGCAGGCAGAGGCUAUUAGACCGGCCCUGAACCUUGAACCAAACCAUGAAAACACAUACUAUGAUGUCUUCUCCUCUUUUGCUGUGUCUUGUAAUGUAAGCUCUUUCUUUUGAGUUUUUCUUUCAUCAUUUGGUGUAUGUAUCAAACAGACUUUUGUGUUCCUUAACUCAGCUUUAAUUGUAUGUGUUGGCUUUUCUUCUUUAAUCAUUUAGUGUCUCCAAUGUAGGCAUUGCCUCACUGAAGCAAAACUUUCUAUUGUUUACAGAGAGAAUGUGAAACACAUUGCUAUGUAAUAAUCAAAGAGAAAGAGAUA